UUUCACCGACAAAUAGCACAAUACAAUAUAGCUCAAUUGACUUGACUAGUUUCAACAAUGGUAGCCAUACUAGUUGCACUUGCCCUUUUCAUUCCCUUUAGUUCUUCAGUGAAUGCACUGAGCUUGAACUACUAUGACAAAACAUGCCCACGUCUUGAGUCCACUAUUACCAGUGCUGUCAAAAAUGCCAUGAUAAAUGACAAAACAGUUCCAGCAGCGCUGCUUCGGAUGCACUUUCACGACUGCUUCAUAAAAGGUUGUGAUGCUUCUUUGCUGCUGGCAUCAAAGGGAAAUCAAAAGGCAGAAAGAGACGGGCCUCCUAACAUUUCAUUGCAUGCAUUUUACGUCAUUGACAAUGCAAAGAAAGCGGUGGAAGCAUUGUGCCCCGGCCUCGUCUCUUGUGCUGAUAUCUUGGCUUUGGCUGUUCGUGAUGCUGUUGCUCUGUCUGGAGGUCCCACUUGGCAAGUACCAAAAGGAAGAAAAGAUGGAAGAAUCUCAAGGGCAAUCGACACCAGACAAUUGCCAUCUCCCACUUUCAACAUCUCUCAACUACAGCAAAGCUUCUCCCAAAGAGGUCUUUCCUUGGAAGAUCUUGUAGCUCUCUCAGGGGGUCACACACUUGGAUUCGCUCAUUGCUCAUCUUUCCAGAACAGAAUCCAUAACUUCAAUGCCUCCCUUGACAUAGACCCGUCACUGCAGCCAUCCUUCGCAGCCAGCCUACGAAGCAUAUGUCUGGCGCACAACAAGGCGAAAAAUGCCGGCACCACACUGGAUUCUACCACCGCAACAUUUGACAAUGUAUACUACAAGUCACUUCUUCAAGGGAAGAGUAUAUUUUCUUCGGAUCAAGCUCUACUCACUACCCCAGAGACUAAAGCAUUGGUUUCUAAGUUUGCUAGCUCCCAACAAGAAUUUGAUAAGGCUUUUGUGAAGUCCAUGAUCAAGAUGAGUAGCAUCACUACUAGUACUGGUGGGCAAGAGAUUAGGCUGGAUUGCAAAGUAGUUAGAUGAUUUUAGCAGCGUGGAUUUAAUUAUAAUGUGAUUGAGCCAGUCCAACUUAAAAUUAUUGUCUCUUCCAGUCCAA